AUGUCAUUCCCUGUGGAUAUGUUGAACAGCUACAGUCAUGCCACCUUGGAAAACUCAGCAGAAGAGUACUUGUCUGUCCUUCGGAGUGCAAAUCCAAACCAUCUGGAAUCCUUUUCUCUGCCAGACCACAGAAAAAUUCCUAUUAGCUUGUCGACUGUGAGCUUCGUUCCUCUUUAUGGUCAGGAGCAGACACACAGAGUUCUUGCUUUGUUUGCACCAGGAGACUCUCUCACAGCUGUAGCCCUGUAUCUUGCUGACCAGUGGUGGUCGAUUGAUGACAUUCUGAGAACAUCUGUCCCUACUAGACAGGGGCUUCUUCAGGUGAAUUCCAUUGGAGAGAGGGUUGUUCUCUAUGUUCUGAAUCGAAUUAUCUAUCGGACACAAGAAAUGGAAACAAAUGAGAUGCCAUUUCUCUGUCAUGAUAGCAAAGCCUAUGCUAAGAUCAUGUGGAAAAAAGGAGAGGCCGUUGGGUUCUAUUCUGUUAAACCUACAGGAAGUGUUUGUAACACAUUUAGUAGUCAGAAUUAUAAGCUGCCAGUGUUAGACACAAUGUUUGUAAGAAAGAAACAUCGUGAGAAAGACUCUGGACUAAUAAUAUUGGAAGACUUUGUGGAUUCCUUUUCAGAAGGCGCGCUCGGCCUGCGAUACCCGCUGUCGUCCUUCAUGUACACAGCUUGUAAGCAGUAUGUUGAGAAGUACCCUAGGGAUCAGAACCUUUUGUGGCAAGUGGAGGGAUCAGGAUGUUGGUUCCAGAGAAAAUCUAUUAUGUCUGUAUUGCAAGAGGAAAAGCCCAAACCUGCAGGAGAGGCAUCAAAGAAAGAAGGUAAGAGUGUCCAAGCAAGGGUUCGUUUUCAGGAGCCUCUAGUAGUAUCUGAAGCAAGUGGACAGAAGACCGAGAUAAAAACACAGCUAAGU